AUGGGCUGCGCAUGGAUUGCCGCGGCCUGCGCCUGGACAGCCGCCGCGGACGUUGCGGACGGACGUGAAGCACCGUGGCGAGCAGCGGAGAAGCUGCGCUUGGCGAAGCAGAAGUUGGAGCUGGCCUUUGCGGGGCCUACGGUAGACUUCAACUCCCUCAACUUUGAGCUGCUUUCUGCAGCCUUGAAGCUCAUGCAAGAGGUGGCCGAGAACGUCAACCGCGUGAUGCAUGCGGGCUACGUGAAGGUCCUUCGCGAUGAGGAUGGAAAUGUAGAGUACGAGCUGAGUGCUGAAGAUGAGUGGGCUGUAGAAGAGUACACCAUGAAGUAUGUCUUCGUCUUGGCGGAUUUGAUCCCCUUAGUCUUUGCUAGCCCCCCAGAACUGGCCUCUGCACUGCAAAACGAGCGCGGGCACCCCUUGCUUCGCCGGCAGCGGAUCUUGGCCACGUUGCGAGUCUCUUGGUUUACGAUGUUGACGAACCAAAGCUGUUGGUCCAUCCCCUUCUUCGGCGCGCUGGCCGCCCUCUCUCGGCGCCUCACGGAACUCGAGCAGACCGAGCACAGCACGGACUCGCACACGGGUGCCGCUGAGGAGAGGGACCCGUACCGUCAACACCUUCAAUCUCUCCUGGAGCAGCCAUGGGGAGAGCGGCCAGCGGGAAUCCACUUGCAGGUGCAAUCGGAGCCGCUUCUGAGCUGGGAGCAGACGCGUUGGAAGGCCUUCCGAAAGGCUUGCAGCUGGCUGGCCACUGCCAGGAGUCGGGCCUCCGUGGAAGUGGCAGAGAGGCACUUCCGGAGCUUCCAUGCCAAUUCCUUGAGGAGCAUCUUAUUCUCCACAGCGCAGUGGCCUGUCUUUGACCUCCUCCAUCGCCUAGCGCGCCGCCCUCGCUUGGACGACGACCUCAGCCUCGAGGACGAGGACGCGCGACAGGGGGCGGAGAGCGAGGAGUCGACUUGGCCGGCAGGCUCUGUGGAAGCUGGGCAGCAGAGACUUUCACCCGCUUUGGUGCUCGAGUACUACAGACUCUUUCACGUGGUCACCAGCCUCUUCAGCCUCUUUCGUCUCCACUGGUGGGUCUCCCACGGGACGUUGAUCGGUGCCCUGCGCGACGGCGGCCUCUCGCGCCAUGCGGACGACUGCGAGGUGGAUCUGCCGGAGAAGGAAGUGGAGAUCCUGCAGAGCCCAGCCAUGCUGGCGAGAUUGAGCAGGAAUGGAUAUGAGUUGAGCUAUGACCCUCGGGGGCGAUGCUUCAAAGUGUGGCCCGGAGGAUCUGCUCGCGCCGACGCGCGGGAAGCGCAGCUGGUGGACCAGAGCUGGUGGCUGCCGCAGCAGCGCGUGGGGACGCCUUCGUUGGACAUCUAUUUGGUGCAAACACCGGAGGAUGGACGUGCUGAACGCAUGUACAUCUCCAACGACGUCUUUCACUGCAACGAAUUGAGUUGCCAGCAGUACUGGAAUCGUUGGGAGCUCCAGAGCUUCUACGAGGUUCCCUUUGGUCUCACCGUGGCCCGGGUCCCUUCGGGCGCUGCCAGCUACCUGGAGCGUGUUUACGGUUGGGACUGGAACAUCACCGUGCGGCCACAUGGCUGGGCCUCGCAGCAUGGGGAGGGCUUCGAAGCCAAAGAGGUGGCCAGCCUCCACAAGCGUGCCGCUGAGCCGUUUGGACCUUUGCCGCAUGUGCUGUGA